UCCAUUAUUUCCUAUAAUAUUUCUUGUUAUGGUGUUACAAAUUAUACUUGCAAAAAACGUUUAUUUUUACUCAGAAAUAUAAGGAUACUUAACCCUUGAUUUGAUUUUUAAUAAUCGAUUCAAUCAUUGUAAUAAUAAAUAGAAUUAAUUAAAAGAACAAUUGCAAAGAAUUACUUGUAUGUGAAUUUCAAAGUUAAAUUAUUUUUUGAGGUUAACUCGAUAUAUAUGACUGAAAAAAAAAAAAUAUUACAUUUUUAAUAUAGUUUGUAAAAGAUUUUAAGAAUAAAUUAUAAUGGCAACACUUAUAAAAAUAUUCAUUAAUAAUUUAGUUUCACGUACACUUUUAAAACACAAUUUGGAUAUUGUAAAAGUACCAGUACGGGAUAAAAAAAUUCAAAUACCUAAGAAACGUCAUCCAAGCUGGCUCCCGAAACAAAACCGUGUUAUGCAUAAUGAACAUAUUAUUAAAGAAAAUAAAGAAUUUAUUAAAGAAGUUAUAGAAUCCAAAUAUGAUUCUCCGCUUAAUAUAAAACCAAUUGAACCAAUUACCCGAUGGAAGAAAGGACUUAAGAGAACAGGUUUAAUAGCCAAAAAAAUAGGUAUAUAUCCGUUAUGGUUACAAAAUGGAAAGAGAGUUAGUUCUACGUUAUUACAGAUCAUUGAUAAUCAAGUAAUAAAGUAUGUAGAACCAGAAAAUUUUUUUCCAAUGAAAUCUAAACAUUCUAUAGUCAAAAAAAAACUUGGAUCUCUUGUGGUAGGAGCAGAAAGUUCGGACCCACAAUUGUUUAGAAAAGAAUAUUGCAGCUUAUUCGAAGAGUCUGGAGUCAUGCCGAAACGUAUAUUAAUGAGAUUUAUGAUAUCGCCAGAAGCUGCUCUACAACCCGGUACACCUUUAUAUGCGGCUCAUUUUAAGCCAGGCGAUGUUAUUGAUAUACGUGCAAAAACGAUAGACCGCGGUUUUCAAGGAGUCAUGAAAAGAUGGGGUUUUAAAGGAAUGCCUGCUUCUCAUGGUGUAACUAAAACUCAUAGAAGGCCAGGGAAUAUUGGUAGUGGUGGAAAAAUGAAGCGUGUAAUGCCAGGUACUAAACUACCUGGUCAUAUGGGUAAUCGGUGGCGCACAAUUAAAGGCUAUAGGGUAAGAUUAAACAAAAACAUAUACAACUAUAUGUAUAUACAUUAUUCAUUACUUUUUGUGAUAUUUCUGAAGGAAACAAUAUUAAUGUCAUAUAAUGUUGCUUUUCAGAUUUUACGAGUAAAUACAAAAUAUAAUGUAAUUUGGGUAAUGGGUCACAACAUACCUGGAGAAACAAAUACUUUUUGUUAUUUAUACGACACGAUUCUACCUAUGAGAAAGUUCAAAAACCCGCCAUAUUUCCCAACUUAUUUACCCAAUUUAAAAAAAAAUCCAGAACCGGAGGAUUUAUAUGCAGAUGAUGUACAUCCGUUCAAAGCACCCACAAUUCAAUUUAGCGAAGAAUCAUAAUUGUAUUAUUAUAAAGUAAAGUAUCGAAUAAAGAUAUAUAUAAUGUCAAUAUAAAUUCUUGUUAACUAUUAAAUCUUUUAUGCUACGCAUUAGCAUUCAUCGAGAUAUGUUGUAUAAAAUAGUACAGUUUAUUAACUCGACAACGUCAAACUUGAGACGAAACGCCAGACUGAGGGUUAGAGUUAUGCCGGAUUCACGCUAUACUUUUAUUGGUUGCUAACUCCUUACAGAAAUGUCCACAAUCAUUAAUUAUGCUAGUAAAGAGUAGUCAAUCGAUUCAUUUAUUUAGUAAUCAAUAUCAUUAUAAAUUUAACAUGCCUAAAAUAUACACGAAUUGUUUUAUAAAUGUAACAUCGCUAAGCAAGACUCAUCCUGAGUUUGAGUGAAGAGCAACAUGUUUAAGCAAUAAAAAGGUCUCCUCUCUGCGCCUCCAUUUGAGAGAGCAACUAAUCAAUUUACUAGAAUAAUUUACUCGCACAUCGUAUUGGUAGCUGCGUCCGGCUAAGACUCGCUCCGACAAUACUUUUAUUAUGCAUAAUAAAGAAAGGUAACAUACAUAUAAGAAGAAUUGGAAGGAUAGAACAUAAGAACACAGUCGAUGCUUGCUUCGUAACAGUUCGUCAGCUCUAUAAUUCUUCCAUUUUUAGUUCUCUUUAGCCAGAAAAGUCAGCACAUUGCUUUGUCUCUUUGAAUCAGCAAGAAGUAUGACCCUUGGUUCAAAUAGUGGCACGAUAAAUAAUACCACGUGAUGUCAGUGGAGCAGAAGAAAAUAUAGGAUUAGGAAAGGGAAAGCAGAUUUGCUCCACCUCGGAGUUUGUCGGGGGACGGCACGAUCGGAUGAAAAAGAAAGGAGGCUCUCUCAGAAUUUAAAACCUUCACUCGGAAUACUCAUUGUCUGAUCAAAUUCAAAAGUUCCAUCUCCCGCCUGUGAUGGCAAAUUUGUAUCGUCGGCCUAUGUAAUCGAAACAGAAUUGAUUAAUAUAUUAUAUCACAUAGAAAAAUAAAGUUUAUCCAAUAAACUUAUUGUAAAAAAUA